CAACGACUGACACCAGCAAACACCAGCAGAAGCCGAGACAGUUUAAAUCUGUGAGCGUCUAAAUCUUCAAGAGACACAGUCGAGGUGAAUACUUCAAGUUACAGCUUCUGACCUGAACCUCCAGCAGAGCCCGAGGAGCCUUUCAACUGUGACCAACAGCCUGAAAGAUCUGAGGAAUCUGAGGACGAGAAAAGGAAACGAAAACUCGAAGCAGAAUAGUUCCUGAAGGACCAACAGUAUGUUUUCAACAUCAAACUCCUCCAAAGUGAAGGCUGCCUGCGCUGUGGCAGUGAUGGUGAUGAUGAUGAUGAUGAUGAUGGUGGAGGCAGCAGCCAUGCCAAAACCAGGCGGCCAAACAAAACACUCAGCGAAGACACACAAGAAGUCUGAGGGUGCGGCGGUAGAGAUGGUCCACCUGCAGCUGGACCCCAGCUCUUUGAUUCUUACCAGAAACAUCAGACCACUUGAGAACGCCUCCAUCUCCCCGUGGACAUACAACGUCUCCCACGAUGACUCCCUCUUCCCUCCCGUGCUGUCAGAGGCUCGCUGUUUGCUGCAGGGCUGUUUGAACUCUGAGGGCCUGGAGGACCGGAGCCUGGAGUCCAGACCCAUCAUGCACCAGGUGCUGCUGCUGCGGCGGGUCAGGUCAGCGGGGGCGGCGCACAGCUACCACUACAGGCUGGAGUCCCGCCUCAUCGCAGUGGGCUGCACCUGUGUCCGACCCAUAGUCCAACAGCAACAAUGAAGACCAGCGGACACGGGACCAGCUCCUGGGUCGGUCUGAAACAAACAGAGGCUUCAGCACAAAGAACGCCAGAAAAAAGAAGCCUGGAAAUUUAGAAAGAAAAAAAAAUACAAUCCAUCUUUUUGUUUUGUUUUUCAGCGUUUGAAUUUAUCUUUUGUCUCCAAACAGCAAAACAUAAAACUGGAGAAACUGCACAACUAAAGCGACUGUGGAGCUGAAGUUCAAACACAAAGAUCAUGAUUGGACGUGUUUCAUAUAUUGUGUUCUAUUUAUGGUUUAAGUUAAUUUAAAUUUCAUUUUAUUUAAGUGUUGAUCUUCAGCAGAUAUUUAUUGGUGAUGUUAUAUUAAUGUAUUUAU